CGUUUGCAAACUCUGCCUGCCAUGGUUAAUUUAAAAUCCCUAGAAGUUCUUAAUCUGUCUGGGUGCUCAGAGCUCGAGAAUAUCCAGGAUUUCUCAGAAAAUAUAAGAGAGAUAUAUCUCUCUGGGACUGCAAUAAGAGAAGUUCCUUCAUCGAUCGAGAAUCUCAGCAAACUUGCUAUACUAGAUUUAGAAAAUUGCAAAAGGCUUCAGCACCUGCCGAUGGGAGUGAGUUACUUGAAAUCGCUUGGGACCCUUAAGCUGUCUGGCUGCUCAAAUCUGGUGGGCCUUCAAAAUCUUGAUGCAUUAUAUCUAAGAUGCUUGCAACAUCUCGAUGCAACAAAGACGACAACCAUGGAAGAAUCCUCA